AAACUUGUUCGUCUCUUUCUUAGAUGCAAGAUAGAUGAGGAGGUCACUCACAAGGCGUGGUUGAACCGCUCCAACAUCUUAUUUACGGGCACAGAUAAGUGGUCCCUGGACUCCCGCGUCUCCCUGGUGAACAACAACAACAGCGAUUUCUCCAUUAAGAUUGAGAGAGUGAUGGUGGCAGACGAGGGACCCUACACAUGCAGUUUCCAGGCCAGAAACCAGCCCCGUACGGCCCACGUCUACCUCAUCGUUCAGGUGCCGGCCCGGAUAGUGAACAUCUCGCAGGAUAAAUCCGUGAAUGAAGGCGAUGACGUGAGCCUCUUUUGCCUGGCGGUGGGCAGACCGGAGCCCACCGUGACCUGGAAGGACUUCAAAUAUGGUCUCCUGAACGAGGGCGAAUUUCUGGAAAUCACAGAAAUCAAGCGGCAUCAAGCAGAGGAAUUUGAAUGCAUCACCAACAACGGUGUGGCGCCGCCAGACACACGCCGUGUCAAGGUCACAGUCAACUAUCCACCAGUGAUUACAGACGUAAAGAACAUGCCCGCCCAGCUGGGAAAAACUGCAAUUUUGCGCUGUGAAGCUAUGGCGGUUCCCACCGCAUCCUUCGAAUGGUACCGGGAUGACCGAAGGCCGGUCGAGAACGAUAACACGCUGAAGAUUAAAAACGAGAAAACACGUUCCCUGCUGCUCUUCACCAACGUCACAGAAAAACACUUUGGCAACUACACCUGUUUCGCCUCCAACCGCCUCGGGGCUUCCAAUGCCAGCAUACUUUUACACAGGCCCGGGGCGGUGUACGGCGGAGGGGCGUCUCUGAACGGCCGUUUAUCAGGAGUCGGUCUGUGGUUCUGCCUCUCCAUCUCUGUUCUGAUGAAGGUCUAA